GCCAACGCCAGUAUCUUCACAACUUCCGAGAACUCUCGGAGUUUUGAGUCUCGCGCAAAUCAUACAACAUUUUGACCGCGUACUUAGUCUCCGAACCAAUUUGACAAUCGAGGAAAAAUAAUGCUGCCAGGCGAAUAUAAAUAUGUAAAGGUUCUGCCUUUUGAACGUAGACAAAAGUUGCCGUCAACAACCUACAGAGCAGAUUAUCUCUUCGAUCUUGACUAAAACUUCCAAAACAAUAACACAUUCACAUUACAAAGAUGUCGACUGUCACCCGCUUUGCAGACCUGGACAGGUCCCUUCAUGUGGGCGUGGUCCUCAUGGGCGGGGUGACCGAGCUUCUCGAUGUCGCGGUCAUCGAUAUGAUAAGCGGACUCGAUAAACAAUUCAUCAAGACAAUUCCAGGAGUACCUGAGGAACUCCGAGCUCAAGCCAUCGACGUCGUAUUCCACUGGGUCUCAGAGGCCGGGCCUGCGACCCCGAGCCGGCUCAACUGCGGCAUCACGCUCGUGCCAACCGACUCCUUCGAGGACUGCCCCCACCUGGACAUUGUCGUCAUGGGUGCCCACCUGGCCGGCUACGUGCCCACGGCCACCGAGCUGGCGUUUGUGCGCAGGACCUACGAGACCUGCAGUGCCUUCAUCGCCAUCUGCGGUGGCGUCCAGGUCCCGCUGAUGGCCGGCCUGCUCGACGGCAAGAAGGCGACCGGGCCGCGGUUCCUGCUCGACAUGUUUCGCCAGCAGGCACCCGCGACCGAGUGGCUGGAGAAGAGAUGGGUCCGGGACGGCAAGAUGUGGACGAGUGGCGCGCUGCUCAACGGCCUGGAUCUCAUGCACGCUUUUGCACACGAGCACUGGGGAAACGUCAGCGGCGACGAGGAGUCGCUGGUUGGCUUCAGCUGCAAGAUCACGGCUUGGCCGAACCGCGAUAUCGACUACAAGGACGUCCCGUGGAAGAUUUAGG